AUGAUAAUUGUAAGGGAAGACUUCGAUGAGCUUUGGCGUAUUCAGGAGAAGCUGGAAUGUUACUUUGGCUCGUUGGUUGGCUCCAAUGUGUACAUAACCCCCGGAGGAUCUCAGGGCCUACCUCCCCACUAUGAUGAUGUUGAGGUUUUCAUCCUGCAGCUGGAGGGAGAGAAGCACUGGCGCCUUUACCCACCCACAGUGGCCCUGGCACGUGAGUACAGCGUGGAGGCUGAGGCCAGGAUUGGCGCUCCAACACAUGAAUUCACGUUGAAGCCAGGUGAUUUGUUGUACUUCCCCAGAGGGACUAUUCAUCAGGCGGACACUCCUCCAGGGCUGGCCCACUCUACUCAUGUGACCAUCAGCACCUACCAGAACAAUUCAUGGGGAGAUUUUCUUUUGGACACCAUUUCAGGGCUUGUGUUUGAUACUGCAAAGAAAGAUGUAGCAUUACGGACUGGAAUACCCCGGCAGCUGCUCAUGCAGGGUGGAACCACAACAGUUGCAACAAGAAGAUUAAGUGGCUUUUUGAGGACUCUUGCAGACCGGCUGGAAGGCACCAAAGAGCUACUUUCAUCAGACAUGAAGAAAGAUUUUGUUAUGCACAGACUACCCCCUUACUACAUGGGAGAUGGAACAGAGCUGUUGACACCAGGUGGAAAGUUACCAAGGUUGGACAGCGUAGUGAGUCUGCAAUUUAAAGAUCACAUCAUCCUCACAGUAGGGCCAGAUCAGGAUCAAUCUGAUGAAGCUCAAGAAAAGAUGGUUUACAUCUAUCAUUCUCUCAAGAAUAGGAGAGAAAUACACAUGAUGGGAAAUGAGGAAAUAGAGUCUCAUGGACUUCGUUUCCCUUUUUCACAUGUGGAUGCACUGAAGCAAAUUUGGAACAGUUCAGCAAUUUCCGUCAAGGACCUGAAGCUUACUACGGAUGAGGAAAAGGAAAGCCUGGUAUUAUCCCUCUGGACAGAAUGUUUAAUCCAAGUAAUCUAAUGCUGUUAUGGAAUCAAAUACCUGUUAUUUUAUAUAUAUAUAUUUUUUUUUAAAGGGAUGUUGGUAGGAGAAAAAUGUCAAAUGUCCUUACUUACCAACCCCUAAUCAAUAUAUGGGAACAUGGAAGGGGGGAAAAAAAAAACCCAAAACAAAAACCAAAUUACAAGGUAUCCCAGAAUGUGACAAAACUGUAUUUUUGACAA